AGCGCGCGCUGAACCGCGCACGCACUCGCAAGCGCGGCGAGAACACAGCACACGCUCCGCUCCGAGACCCUCCGCCAGAUUCCGCUGGAAAGUUGCGUUUCCUGAAGAAGCGCGAUGCCGUACAUCCUCAUCAGCACACAGAUCCGACUGGAGACGGGGCCGACCAUGGUCGGGGACGAAUAUUCAGAUCCCGCUGUCAUGAGCUACCUCGGAGCCCGCAAAACCACCAUGCUGGGAAACAACUUCUCAGAAUACCACGUGGAUGAACCUUCAAGAGUGGUCUUGGACAAACUGGAGAAGAUCGGCUACAGGGUUGUGAGCAUGACCGGUGUGGGACAGACGCUGGUUUGGUGUCUUCAUAAAGAAACGAGUGACUCUCUGUGAUUCUGUGUGAUUCUGUGUGUGUGUGUCGGGUAAACAUGAUAAAUGUGUUUGAGAUGAGAUGAAGGUAUUGUUAACAGCAGGGAAUUUCAUAAAAUGCAGUUCAAGCUCAUUGAUAUCUCAUGAUGAGACGUGUUGUUGUUGCUUUGCCAAAGAGACUCUUGAACUUAUUCUGUGUUAACAAGAACAGGACUGUUCAUACAAAGAAGAAAAGCAGAGAACUGACACGUUUACAGGUUUAUCAUUUUAUCACCUUUAUGCAUGAGAAGUAAUUCUCUGAAUAAUGGACUCAAAAGUCAUGUCAUUUUUCAGUAUGCUUACAGUAUAUGUAAUGACAGUAUGACAUUGAGGUUGGGCUACGUUACGAAGUGUUGUUCAUAAAGCAUGUGGAAUAUGAAGUGUACAAUCUCUCCCUAAAUCGUGACCUUCUUUUGGUUUUUCUUAUUAUUUUGACUCAAAGCAUCUCAAGGCUUUUUGUAUUGUAAAGAUGAGAAUUCAUGUACAUCGCAGUAUAUCUAUGCUUGUGUGAGGAACUGUAAUAAAGAAUAUUUCAACUGCA